AUGGCUAAAGGGAAAAAGCAGGCCGAGGCAAAGGGGAGGAAAAUCACCCUGAAGGUGGCCAGGAACUCCGUCAGGAUGACGGUGGACGGCAAGCGGCGGCUGGACCUCAGCAACAUGCAGAUCGCUGCCUUCCCCAAGUGCAUCCUCAAGCUGUCCGAUGUUGAAGAGUUGGACCUGAGCCGCAACAUGCUGCGGAAGAUCCCGGACUCCAUCGGCCAGUUCCCCAACCUGCGCUGGCUGGAUCUCCACAGCAACCAGCUCGAGCAGCUCCCCGAGACCAUCGGGCAGCUGCAGAACCUGUACUACCUCAACCUGGCGAAUAACCGGCUGGGCUCGGCCGGCCUUCCCGCCGAGAUCGGGCUGCUCAGGGGCCUACGGAGCCUCAAUCUGGGGCUCAACCGCCUGGACACCCUCCCGUCCUCCAUGGCUGCUCUCCGGGAGCUGAGGGAGCUGGGCCUCUUCAACAACCUCCUGACCCGCGUGCCGCCCUGCGUCCGGAGCCUCCCGAAACUUGGCAGGCUCAACAUCAAGUGCAACCCCAUCCCCUCACCCGACCGGGACAGGGCCCUGGACCCCAUCAAGCGGGUCAGGUGUCUGUAUCUGGUGACGGAGGACUGUCUGUGCGAGGACUGCAUAAAGAGGUGCACGGACCAGCGGCAGUGGCUUCAGAGCCGGCUGAGUGGGGGAUCCCCUGACAGGAAGCCCCACUUUUCGGGGCUGAUCACCCCGAAUUCAGUCGCACAGCAAGACCAAGCACUGUGGAGGUGA